GCCGAUCACGACUAUAUAAGGACACACAGCCACCAUAUGGGUACAUGUAAGGACUGUUCUCUAGGAUGCACCUUUCGUGUUCCCUCCCUACGAACCCUCCGUUUUGGGCUCUGGAAAUACUUCAUGAAUAGCAACUGGAAGUCACUCGCCGAAAGGAAGCAAGCAGACAGGGCGGCCGCCAUCAAGGCCGGCAAAGAGGCUCUCGUCGCGUACGACGAGAUCUUCACAACCUACUCAGCUGCUUUUCUCAACGCAACUGCUGUUGAGAUCGUUGAUAACAUCGUCGGCAAGCGAGAGGGUUGGUCUGCAGAAAACGUUGUCGCGACUUACAUCCGCCGGGCGAUCGAUGCCCACGCGGCGACAAACUGCCUCACCGAAGUUUUCUUUCUCGAAGCGCUCGAAAUCGCGCGAGACCUGGACAAAGAGUUCGAACUGACUGGAAAGCCUAAAGGACCAUUGCAUGGGCUGCCUGUGUCGUUCAAAGAUCAAUUUAAUGUGAAGGGAUAUGAUACCACCAUCGGCCUCACCGGCCGAGCCUAUAAGCCCACCUCUGAAGACGCCUCGCUCGUAGCUCACGUCAAAGCCGCCGGAGGGAUCGUGUUCUGCAAGACAAAUGUGAGUACUACAUGCAACAAUCCCGUCUUCGGUCGCACGACGAAUCCCUAUUCUCCCUUGCACAUCCCCGGUGGCUCGAGCGGAGGCGAAGCCGCUUUGCUCGCGUGCGGCGGUUCUGCACUCGGGUUCGGAAGUGAUCUUGCCGGUAGUUUGAGAUUUCCGGCGCAUAUGUCGGGCUGCUUUUCCCUCAAGUUUGGGCAGGGAGGAAGGAUGAGCAAGAAUGGGAUGACGAUGGCGAACGAGGGAUACGAGGCUGUCCGAAGCACAGCAGGUCCCAUGGCCAGAUCGAUCGCAGACCUCAGACUCGCCUGUCAAACACUUUGCGGCCUUCCCGGCGGACCCGGUGAGAUCGCACCCGUUCCGUGGAGAGAGGUCAUUCUGCCGAAGAAGCUCAAAGUAGGAUAUUAUCUGCGUGACGACUUCGCUGAGUUCUCCCCACCUGUCAAGCGGGCGCUGCGGGAGUGCGUGGCGGCUCUCGAAAGAGAAGGACACGAAUGUGUCGAGUUCCUUCCCCCGUAUGCGCUUGAGACGAUGGAAACUUUCGUCGCCUUGGGUAGUUCAGAUGGAUACAAACAGCUGACCUCACACCUCGGUCCAGAUCCACAAGAUCCGUCCAUGUUUCUCGUCCUACUUGGUCCCAAGAUCCCAGCAAUUAUCAGGACUAUAUCAUGUUUCGUGUUGAGAAGAUUCCUGGGAGAUCAGAAGUUCGCAGCGCUUGUCCAGGCUUUGAGAGUCAAGUCUGUGCGGGACUUUAACCGCUGGGUACACAGGCGGAACGAGCUCGUCCAGAAGUUUCAUACAGAGGUCUGGGAAAAGUACGGAUUCGACAUCAUCCUCGGUCCGGUCCAUUCCAUGCCCGCCCUGCCGCACAACGCGACUGCCCGACUCUCUCCUCUGGCCGGCACAGCAAUUCUAUACAGCAUCCUCUCUCUCCCUGCUGGGGUCAUUCCGGUAACCCGCGUCCUGCCCACAGACACCUGGCCAGAGGAGCCUCAAGACCCGGGGCUGCGCCUGUUGAGGGGAAUCAUGCGCCGGCUGUACGACCCAGAGAAAAUGGCCGGUCUUCCAAUAGGCGUGCAAGUAGCGGGCAGGCCGUGGGAGGAAGAGAAGGUGCUGGAGGUCAUGGACUUGCUCGACAACGCAUUGGGGCCGCGAGGGUUCGGUCCGGGAAGCUGGACACCGCCUACGCCUACGGUUGAUUAGCUCUGAAGAAGAUACCCGCGGGAAGGUGUGCUGUAUCUCUUAUACCACCGGGCCGGGCGGGGGCGGUUACACCCGAUUCUGCCCAUCAUACUGCUAGACUUCAGCUGUCUCUUCUCUCUUCUUUCCAUCUGCAG